UGAAGCGCUGUGCACUCCACAAGGACUUGGAUCGAAGGGAGCAAAGAGCCGCCGAGAGUCUUCAGAUCGCGAGUGGAGUAGAGUGGCUUUAAAUAUGUGGAGUAAUACAUCGUCAAAUACAGAUUCCCUGGGGACAAGUGCAGCAUCUCUUCUUCAGGACCGCAUUGCCCUGCAAAGUUACCAAGAGAUGAGGAUUGUAUUGCUUGGAGAAAACUCAGUGGGGAAGAGUUCAUCAGGAAACACCAUUUUAGGAAAAAACGUGUUUCCUUCCACUUCCAACUUAGAACCGAUGACAAAAACUUGUCAGAUUGAAAGAGAAACAGUUUGUGGGACAUGCGUAGCAGUGAUUGAUACACCAGGUUUGCUGAAUAUCCCCCUUAGACUGGACAAAGUUGUCCAAGAGACAGAAAGAUGUAAAUGUCUGGCAAGUCCAGGGCCUCAUGCAUUCUUAUUGGUCCUGCCUUUUGGAAGAUGCAGUGAAAAUGAAAUGCAGUUACUUGAGACCAUCAGACAGCUGUUUGGAAAUCAUGCGGUGAAAUACACCAUUGUUCUUUUUACUCUUGGGGAUGAGCAGAAAGAUUUGUCAGUGGAGGAAUACAUCAGAACAGGCAGCAAAGAUAUGAAGCAACUUCUUGAGCAUUGCGAAUACAGGUAUCAUCUGCUCAACAAUAAACAUACCAGUGACCGGGCUCAAGUCCAAGAACUAUUGGGAAAAAUACUGACAAUGCUAUCGAAAAAUAGAGAACUUCUUCUUCGAAGUUACAACAAUGUCAAAAAAAAAGUGACCAAGGAAAUCCCACAUCAGGAAGUGUCAACUAAAAACUGUGACUUGGGAGCAGGUGCAUUUGCUCCGCACGAUCAGCCAACACUCCGGAUUGUAUUAGUUGGAAAAACGGGGAGUGGAAAGAGUGCAUCUGGCAAUACAAUCCUGAAAAAAAAUUUAUUUAAAUCUGAGAUGAUUGCAAAUUCAGUCACUCAAAGGUGUGAGAAGAAAAAGGCCAGUGUCUUCGAGAGGUUAGUGUCCAUCAUUGAUACACCAGGCUUGUAUGACACCGACUUACCUCCAGAAAAAGUUGCAGAGGAGAUUGCAAAAUGUAUCUCUCUGUCUUCCCCAGGACCCCAUGCAUUCUUGAUUGUGAUCCAUCUGGGCCGAUUUACAGAAGAAGAGAAAAAGACUGUGGAAGAAAUACAGAAAAUCUUUGGAGAGGGAGCAGCAAAGUACACAUUGGUUCUUUUCACAUUUGGGGAUGAUCUAGACAAGACCAUUGAAGAGUAUCUUGAAGAUGCUAACAGAGACCUCAUGUACUUAUUGGAGCAGUGUGAGAACCGGUAUCAUGUAUUCAACAAUAAAAGCUCAAAUGAUGACAAGCAGGUCCUAGAGCUCUUGGAGAAGAUUGAAGCAAUGGUGGAAAAAAAUGAGGGACAAGUGUACACCAAUGAAAUGUUUCAGGAGGCAGAGGAGGGUAUCAAAUGCAGACAAGAUGAGCUAAUGAGGGAGAAGGAGGAAGAAGUCAGGGCAAAGUACCUGAGCUUACCUGAAGAAAAGCGUGUAGCCAACUUCAAUACAGAAUGGGAACAAGUCUAUUGGAGCUAUCUGGAAGGGACAAGAGAGGAAGCAGAAAAGUCUAAUUCCUUUAUCCGCUCCUUCGUGGAAUCAACCAUGGCAUUAAUUUUGAAAAAUACAGUGGGGCUAAAGGUAACACAGUAUGCUUUAGAGAAACUAGAAAGAAUUGCAAAAGCACCAGUCAAAAAAGCAGUAAACAUUGCAUUGAAUUCAGGAGUAAACUCUAAAAAAGCUAUGGUCCUGGCAUUAAAAACGACAGCAAGACUUGCGGCAAAUAAGUGUACAACACAGUAAUGCAGUACAGAUAAUAAAAAAAGAAGAUGGGAGUUGGUGUCGUCCAUUUGCAUGAGAUGGAUGUCUGAGACUGUGCUCUGCAAGCAGUGGUGUUUAUUUAUUUAAUUUUUUCUAUAUUUAAUAUAUCCUCUAUUUUACAAAGUUAAGCAGAACUGACACUAAAAAUAUGAACAACACAAGAGGUAAUCAAAGGGAGAGAAAGGCGUCUCUUCUUCCAUCAGUCAAAGCCAGCCUCAUAUUCACAGUCAAACUCAUGUUACAGCCUUCCACAGACUGAGGGUGAGGAAAAAGAAACAAAGUCCCCGAUCAGCCCAGUCAGCCAAAAUCUUCCAGUGGAGCACCCAGUUUGCUCCUUAGUGACUCUGGGAAUAAGGGUGACAUUGGAAACCUGCCACUUUCAGACUCAGAGCGUGGGCCUUGUCUCCACCAGCAACUGUUACAAAUGCCAUCUGCACUUCAACAACCUCUUCACCAUCAAGCAAUAUAACGCCAUCAGAGCAGAGUUGGCACAGUGGGAACACAGUACGAGGGGCACCGAAAAGGUUACAGAGCCAAAGUCAUUGGGGAUCAAACCUGGGGUGGAUAUACAAGAAAAAUAUAUGAACUGAGCAAAAAUAUGAAGAAUCUGGAGGUACAUUCAAGCAAUAAUCUCAAUAUUAAGUUGAAAGAAAAUUUUGUCACAGUGACCUUUCUGAAUUUACUGUACUAGCACUUCCAAAAAUCCACUCAAGACUGCUGUUUACAGAUUUCUCGUCAGCUUUUACUGCAAUCUAGCCCCAGUUGUCACAUCUUUGUUGACAAACUGAUUGAUCAAUUCUGUUUGGAGCCUAACUUGGUGGAGUGAAUUCUGAACUUUUUAAAGACCAGGACACACAGAACGAGUGUGAACAGCAGUUUUUGAUAGCCUCAACUCGACUUAACUGGAUCACCUGAAGGAUGUGGUCUAUCUCCUCAACUAGUUGUCUCGUACACAAAUGACUGCACAACUUCACACAAGGACAGACAUAUCCUGAAAUCUGCAGAGGACUCUGUCAUUGUGAAUCUUUUACAAGACCUGUUGUUGAUGAGUUUGUUCUGUGGCGUUAUCGUUCCUUUUUAUAGCUUGUGGUGGGCCGGAAUGACAGGUCUCGAGAUAAAAAUUGGCCAACUGAGUCAUUCCAUUUAAUUCAACAAAAAGUUCAACUGAAGAUAAAUGCUUCAUGCCAUUUAGCUGUCUUUCUCUCAGGCUUCCAUAUAAACGAGAAAGACUCAGCUUUAGCUGUAGGUUCAGGGUCUAUUGGCUUGUCAGCUCAGCCUGGACAGUCAGU